AAGAAAAUUUAAAAUUUGACAGAACAGUCUGAACAGAGAAGUGAGUGUUUGGCUAUCUCACUUUCUCUCUCCUAGGGUUUGUGUGAACCAGUACAGAAAUGGCGGUAAUCAGAACCACAACCACCAUGAUCGUGAAACAAAUCUUCCGUCCAUCACUGCCCGUUGUAUCUGUGCGUCUGUUCCCAACAUCACCUUCGAACUUCGGCGUCGCUCUCCGCCGUGAAAUCAGAUACAACCCCAUCCGGUGCGCUGCAUCGGGCUCCGCCGAUGGAGGUGGAAAGAAGGUGUCGGCGCGGCUUUCUCAAAUGCAGCAAAUCUUGUUCGAAGCUGAGGAGAGAGCCGCUUCCGCCAGCAACGAACCUAUUCCUAAAAUCACACAGAACCAUGUUACAGUAAGCUUUGCAAGAAGCGGAGGACCUGGAGGUCAAAAUGUCAACAAAGUAAAUACCAAGGUGGACAUGCGGUUCAAUGUUAAGAAUGCGCAUUGGUUAAGUGAUAGGGUCAAGGAGAGGAUUAUGCAAUUGGAAAAGAAUCGGAUCAAUAAAGAUGGGGAGAUUGUGAUUUCUUCAACAAAGACUAGAACACAGAAGGGUAACAUUGAAGAUGCUUUGGAGAAACUGCAGGCAAUCAUUGAUGCUGCUUCGUAUGUUCCACCGCCUCCCUCAGAAGAGCAAGUAAAAAGGAUUGCCAAGUUGGCCGCUAUUGGAGAGCAGAAAAGACUACAAAGCAAGAAGGCCCAUUCAGACAAGAAAGCUUUCCGAAGAAGCCGAGAUAGUUGGGACUGACCUACCUGAUCACGAGGUCAAGUGUAUUUGACAUUUUUAUAGAAGGUUCACUCUCACCUUGCUCUUCUAUGAUGGCAAUUUUUGUCAAUUUGGUGAAUGGUGUAAGGAUUUGAAGCAGAGGCUUCGAGUUGCUUGAUAAAAUAAAAUAGCAAAAAGCCGAUGAAUCUGGAACCAACUUCCAAAAUCAGCUUGUAAAGCAGACUACUGAAUGGAAGUUGAUAGUUGCAGUCCAUUGUUCAUGAUAUAAUUUAUUGAAUAGAAUUGGCAGUUUAUAAUAAACCUACUGAAUGAGGGUUAUGUGCCUUUUAUUGACCUCCAGAUAGAUGUUAUUUACAAUGUAUAGAGACACCAAGUCCUUCCACAAGUCAUUUGGGGAUGCUUAUGUCAUUAAGUCUUGAAAAAAAAAAAAAAAAUGGUUCUGAAUAAUUGUUGACAGUGAUUUUUCACAUAUUUGUAAUUAUUUUGCUUUUCUUAUGUAUGUUUACAGUGAGACCAAAUUUUUUUUUUGUAGCA